CCUUUGCCUGUCGCUUGCCUCCAGCACGCUCGCGGACGGGAACGCUUGCGUUGCUCUAAUGACCACAUAAUCCGAUAUCCCUCACAAGCCUUCUACCAAGUCGGAGCUUGAGUAUACUUCACAGUUAUUUCUACACGUUUAAUGACGUCCAGACCAUCCGCCAUCCGGCGCACCGCGACGCCAACGGUCAACGCGCCCUCCCCGCAUCCCAAACCGACGAUCACACUCGAGGAAUGGGAGGCCAAAGCGCCGCUGGGCGAGCUCGAGCUCAAGAGCGUCAACGCCGUAAAAGCUGCGUGCGAGCGUGUGCCGCUCCCGCUCAAGUUCAGCAUCGACGACGCCCCCUCCCGCCCAUCCACGCCCACAUCUGCCCUCCGUAAUCUCAAACCGCGCGCCGCGUCCUCCUCGCGCCCGCCCACCCCGCGCCCCGCCCACGCCGCCACGUCCUCCCUCCUCCCGCACGCGCCCAUCACGACGCCCCAGCAGUUUUACGACUGGUUCGCGCUCGUCGACCGCUCCGUCGCGCACGCACAGGAGGCGCACUUCCGCGCGCACCUCGCACAGCUGGGCGAGCAUCUGCAGACGUGCGACAGGCUGCUGGCGCGGGUGGGCGAGGUGGAGGAUGAGGUGGAGGGUAUGCUGGGUGAGUGGAGGAGCGUGGAGGAGGGCGGGCGGAGUUUGAAGGAGGCGUGUGAGCGGCUGUUGGAGGACCGGGAUCGGUUGAUUGAGGUCACGGAGGCGAUCGGCGAGCGCCUUGAGUACUUUCAGGAGCUCGAGCACGCGACGCGGAUGCUGAACCACCCCGGGGAGAGCCUCGUCCUCCAGACCGACUUCCUGUACAUGGUCGAGCGCGUGGAUAUCUGCAUCGAGUACCUCCGCCAGCACAGACACUUCAAAGAAGCGGAGAUCUACCUCCUGCGCUUCCAGCAGUGCCUCACGCGCGCGAUGACGCUCAUCCGCAUGUACUUCGUCGGCUCACUCAAGGCGCUCACGGCGGACAUCACCAAGCGCAUAUCCUCCCAGGACGUAUCCACAACAGCCCAAACCCACCUCCUCUACACCCGCUUCCGCUCGCUCUCCCCGCACCUGCGUCCCCUCCUGGGGGAGCUCGAGCGCCGCGCCCGCGCGCACCCCGCCGAGCUCUCCGCCUUGCUGGGCGAAUGUCAUCAGGCGUACUUUGGCGCGCGCAGGGGGUUGCUGGUGCCGAGGAUGGUGGAGGAGAUGAAGGGACUGGAUCCGGGGCGGACGGAGCUCGUGGAGUUGACGAGGGCGGGGUGCAGCUACCUCAAGCAGCUGUGCAUCGACGAAUUCGAGCUCUUCCGCGCAUUUUUCAACUCGGGGGAGGACCAGCUCUACGCGUACCUCGAGAACCUGUGCGACUAUCUCUACGACGACCUCCGCCCGCGCAUCCUGCACGAGCCGCGCCUCACGGUGCUCUGCGAGGUGUGCACGGUGCUGCAGGCGCUCAUGGUCCUCGACGUGCCCUCCCUCCCUUCCUCCCCCUCCUCCCUUUCCCAUCCCGAUUCCCCCUCCUCCGCAUAUAACUCUGACUCCGACUCCGAUGAUAACGAGGAGGGACAGCUGACCUUCGGCACCCCAGGCGAACGGAGAAGAAGGAAAGGGCUCGGGAGACUGCAUAUUGCCUACUUGCUGCAGAUGGUCCUGCAGGACGCGCAGACGAGGUUGUUUUUCAAGGCGCAGAGCGUUAUUCAGAGCGAGGUGAGGUAUUAUGUGCCGAAGCCCGAGGAUCUGGCGUGGCCGGAUCGGCUGUUGGGACCGAGGAACGGCGCGGGCAGCGGGAAUGAAAUCACAGUGAGGGAGAAGGAGAGCGUGAGCGAGCUGUUCAGCCAGGUGGCGGGUGUCCAGAGGAGGGAGACGUGGUACCCGACGGUGCAGAAGACGGCGUGGGUGCUCUCGCAGCUGCAUAAUUUCGUCAAGCCUGCGAUAUUCGAAGACAUCGCGCAGGAAGCCAUUGGGUUGUGCCGCCAGUCCCUCGUCUCCGCGUCCGAGCUGAUCAAAGCGCGGAACAACGCGCCCCCGGGCCCGCUGGACGCGCAGCUCUUCCUUGUGCGGCACUUGCUCAUUCUCAAGGAGAUGACGGUGAGCCUCGAUUUGAGGGGCAAGGAUUUGGGGGUUGGGGGUAGUUCGGGCGGCGGCGGAGAUUAUAUCGGAGACGCGUUUGCGAGCGUGGUGAAUAGGACGUCGAGUCUGUUGCCUGCCAGCUUGUUCGCGAGCCUCGGGCUGCCCCAAGCGGAUCAGGGCAUGACCGACGCGCGGCAGGGAAUCGACGCCGACCUGAAGAAGGCGUGCGAAGAAGUCAUCAGCCUCCUCUCCGAUCCCAUCGCCGCCUCGUUCCAGAGAUUCGUCGCGCAAGUGCGCGCGUACUCCGCCGCGCGCAAGGUGCAGUCCAACGCGCCUCCGAGCCCGUCCGCCACGAUACCAACGGAGCAGGCCGCCGCCGAGAUCCAGCGCGAGUUCCACCUCGCGUGUCACCGUGAUUUCCGGGCGGGCGUCGCGAGGAUGAGGUUGUACCUGGAGGACGAUAAGACGGUGGAGGUGCUGGUGGGGCAUGCGACGGAUAGGAUCGUGGAUGCGUAUGCGGAGUUCAGGGAUAUGGUCUGGGGGCUGUAUGCGGGUGCGUUAAGGGGCGAGGUAAUGGGCGCGGAGAGUGUGCGGGAGAUGUUGAGGGAGAUCGCGAGUGGCGGAGAGCAAAAAUGAUGUGCCGUUUCCGUACUGUUCAUUUUUUAUUUGUGUCUGGCAGAUGGUAUAAGUAUUGAUGCGCUGAUGAUUGCCAAAUGGUCGACAGGCGUGAAGGCAUUGCUAGAACG